CUCUAUCUCCCUUCUAACUAUACCCUUUUACCUUCCUCUUCUCUCUCAUCAUCCCUCUACAGUAAGUCUUUCCCUCCUCCCUCAGCUCCCCCCUCCUCUUCGCAUUUCCCCCGCUUCUCCCUUGGUCGCUGGUGGUUUUUGUUGCAACCAAUAAUCGGGUCCAUGACGGCAAUCUGUCGCCAUCAACCAGUCCUCCAUUCAACGUGGCAAUCUCUCCAGCCAUUGCCAUAAAGUCAUAAAGAGGACCACUCGUUGGACCACUUUGAAGCUCAUUUCCCAGUUUCCAAACUAGCCCCUCCCCCUCCCUACGCUGCCCGGUUUCAACUUGUUAGACAACGAAGGUACCUGAACUAACCACACCCCAUAUCGGGGAUCCACAGUAGCAGCAGUUUUCUGCCUUCCCACCUCUUCACAUUUCCUCCUCUCCUCCUAAACUUCAUCUUCUCCUGCCUAUCUCUCUCGACUUCAUUUCUCUUCACAAUGGCCUCCAAAGCUUUGCCCACUCACCUCAGAGCUCCCGCCGGCGAUGCCAGCUCUGGCUCGUUUGGCAAGCACCACGGCAAGUCCCAGUCCCACAUGGCCUUCGAGAAUGCCUCUACCAGCGUGGCUGCCUCUCAGAUGCGCAAUGCUUUGAACGCCCUUGCCGAGACUGUCCCCGAUGAGACGGAGCGCAAGCGCUUCGAGGCCGAGAUGGACAACUUCUUCGCCCUCUUCCGCAGAUUCCUCAACGAUAAGGCCAAGGGUAACGAGGUCAACUGGGACCGCAUCGCUCCUCCCCAGCCCUCUCAGGUGGUCGGCUACGAUACGCUCGGCGCCGAGGCUUCCGUCGAGUUUCUGAACAAGCUCGCGGUCGUCAAGCUCAACGGUGGUCUGGGUACCUCCAUGGGUUGCGUUGGCCCCAAGUCCGUCAUUGAAGUCCGUGAGGGCAUGUCCUUCUUGGAUCUGUCGGUCCGCCAGAUUGAGCACCUCAACCGCACCUUCAAUGUCAACGUCCCCUUCGUCCUGAUGAACUCCUUCAACACCGACCAGGAUACCCAGUCGAUCAUCAAGAAGUACCAGGGCCACAACGUCGACAUCAUCACCUUCAACCAAUCCCGUUACCCCCGUAUCAUUAAGGACUCCCUCCUCCCCGCUCCCAAGUCCUUCGAUGCUCCUCUGCAGGACUGGUACCCCCCUGGACACGGUGACGUCUUCGAGUCUCUCUACAACUCUGGUACCCUUGACAAGCUUCUUGAGCGCGGUGUGGAAUACAUUUUCCUGUCCAAUGCUGAUAACUUGGGUGCUGUGGUCGAUCUCCGCAUCCUGCAGCACAUGGUGGACACUCAGUCCGAGUACAUCAUGGAGUUGACCGACAAGACCAAGGCUGACGUUAAGGGUGGUACCAUCAUCGACUAUGAGGGCAAGGUCCGUCUGCUGGAAAUCGCCCAGGUGCCCAAGGAGCACGUGAACGAGUUCAAGUCCAUCAAGAAGUUCAAGUACUUCAACACCAACAACAUCUGGAUGAACCUCCGCGCUAUCAAGCGGGUCGUCGAGGAGAACGAGUUGGAGAUGGAGAUCAUCGCCAAUGAGAAGUCCAUCGCCGCCGAUAAGAAGGGCGAGGCUGACCAGGCUAUCUACCAGCUGGAGACCGCCGUCGGUGCCGCCAUCCGCCACUUCAAGAACGCCCACGGUGUUAACGUUCCUCGCCGUCGUUUCUUGCCUGUCAAGACCUGUUCCGAUCUCCUGCUGGUCAAGUCUGACCUCUACCGUCUCGAGCACGGUCAGCUGGUCAUGGACCCCAACCGCUUCGGUGGUGUCCCCGUCAUCAAGCUCGGCUCGGACUUCAAGAAGGUCUCGGACUUCCAGAAACACAUCCCUAGCAUUCCCCGAAUUGUUGAGCUCGACCAUCUCACCAUCACUGGUGCCGUCAACCUGGGCCGCAACGUGACGCUGAAGGGUACCGUCAUCAUUGUCGCUACCGAGGGCAGCACCAUUGACGUUCCCCCUGGCUCGGUGCUUGAGAACUGCGUUGUGCAGGGCAGCUUGCGUAUCCUGGAACACUAGAUGGUGGUGCUGAGGUUCGGAGAUUCAGUUCUCCCCCUAGGGGAAUCUGUCUGAAUUUGACUGAGACUGAGAAGAAGAUUUGGCAUGGACUAAUAGAUCUGUCUAUACUAUCGGCAGGACAAGGCGUGAUUUUUUCUUGUCAGCAUCAUACUUACUGAUGGAAAUCAUGUUUUGAGUCACAUAUUUGAAGGUAGUUUCUCCCCCUUUCCCCCGGACCAUAUGUCUGGGGUGGAAGCAAAACUCGUUAGUUUAGUUAUCCAGCGACCUGCUUUUUCACCCUUCAUAUUCUUCAGGUUGCUUAGUGCUGUUUUCGGUUGCUUUUUUUCUAUUUUUUUUUUAUUUUCACUCAUAAAGUUAGGAGAUAUCACCGUACGUAAUGUAAAAUCCCUUGUUUUUUUUU